AUGGAAGAAACUGAUCAAAUUACGAAGAGAACCGUGUAUCAUGAACGUCAAAGUUUGUGGUUUUGUGGUCAGCACACGUUAAAUAAUUUAUUCCAGGAUAAAGUCUUCACAAAGGAACAACUUGAUAAUAUCGCUCUAAAAUUGGCCGAAUCGACAAGUUUAGAGGGCUCAACACGAAGAACUCGUUAUAUUAAUCCACACAAGAGCGUUUUCAAAGUGGGUAAUUAUGAUAUUAAUGUUUUGGAAGUGGCUCUAAAGGAGAAAGGUUUGGAAGUACAAUGGUUCGAUAUUAGAAAAGACAUUCGAACCGUUAUCCAAUUCACCGACAAAACCCUUUUUGGACUCAUUUUGAAUGUUCCAACAAUACGUUAUUAUCUCUGGAGAUCUUAUCAUUGGAUUGCAAUCAAACCCUUCUUUAAACAAGAUGAUGAGAAGUCUGUUGAAGUUUACAACCUGGAUUCAAAGCUGACCAUCCCUGAAAAAUUCGAGGACUUUGAAAAGGAUACUGGUACACAACAAGCAUUAAUUCAAGAAAUAUUUUCAUUGGUAUCAAAGAGACCUGAUACAGUAUGCAAUUUUCUUGAAGGAAGUCAGAUGCUUGGAGGGAAAGAUACAAGAAUUAUUUAUAGACAUUAUGCUACUUUAUAUUUUGUUUUCGUUGUUGAUGAAUGUGAAAGCGAAUUGGGGAUUUUAGAUUUAAUUCAGGUGUUUGUGGAAUGUUUGGAUAGGUGUUUUGAGAAUGUUUGUGAACUUGAUUUGAUAUUUCAUUUUGAAGAUGUUCAUAAUAUUCUUGAUGAAGUUAUUUCAGGAGGAAUGGUUUUAGAAACCAAUAUUUCACAAAUUGUUAGUGCAUUUAAUGAAACAAAUAAAUAUAAAAGACGUUCAGGAGCAAUGGCUACGAUCGCAGGAAGUGGUGCAGGAGCUGUUGCAAGAGAUUUAGGAGCAAACUUUGCAAAUACAGUUACAACUACUUUACAAUCCACUCUACAAAAUACAUCAUCUCUUCAAACACAAUCGCCGACGGCUUUACGACCUCAUUCGGUGGUUGGAUGUGAAGGAAUUUCUUCACAACCACAAUCAUUUCGAGUAAUUCGACGUCGACAACAGCGAAAAAAUUCUCGAAACAACGUGUUAAACCCAACGUUAGAUAAUUUCUAUAACAUAUUACGCCGCACUGAAGCUGAUCUAAACGUCAAAUCUUCCACAAAGAACUGGUUAAAUGAAUAUGAAUCUUAUAGACGACAAGUUAUCAACGCUGAGAAAUCUAGCGUUGAGAAUAUUCGUCCAGUUUCAUGCUUCAAUGUAUCACCACCUCCAAAGAAAAUGGAAAAUUCACGUUACUCGAUGCAAUUCUAG